CCUCGUUCUCUCUCUCUCUCUCCCACAGUCAGAGCGCAUCGGCCCUGCCUUUUCUCCCAACGAUUCUUCCCACCGGCUUCCUGUGUUUGUGUGGCUCGCGCAGUAAGCGGAGGUCCGAAAACUGCCAGCCUGCCACCUCAACAUGGUGUAGUCGCGUUUCUUCAACAGCAGUAAAGAGGGAGCACAAAGAACAAUCCUCGUCGAGCCUUUUUAUACCGUUGAAAUAACUUCACCAAUGAAGAGACACGGCUUUGCACAGAUACAAUCAGCGUGAAGGAAGAAGGAUACACACUGCAAAUUUAUUUAUUAUCUGAAAGAUGGCGAACGACUCUCCAGCUAAAAGUCUGGUGGACAUAGACCUUUCCUCUUUGCGGGAUCCUGCUGGGAUAUUUGAAUUGGUGGAAGUGGUCGGAAAUGGAACCUAUGGACAAGUAUACAAGGGGCGACAUGUCAAAACUGGACAGCUGGCGGCCAUCAAGGUCAUGGAUGUCACGGAGGAUGAAGAGGAGGAAAUCAAACUGGAGAUUAAUAUGCUGAAGAAGUACUCGCACCACAGAAACAUCGCCACAUACUACGGUGCUUUCAUCAAGAAGAGCCCCCCUGGCCACGAUGACCAGCUGUGGCUGGUGAUGGAGUUCUGUGGAGCCGGCUCCAUCACGGACCUGGUGAAAAACACCAAGGGAAACGCGCUGAAAGAGGACUGGAUCGCCUACAUCUCCAGAGAGAUCCUCCGGGGAUUGUCCCACCUGCAUGCCCAUCAUGUCAUCCACCGUGACAUCAAGGGGCAGAACGUCCUGCUGACGGAGAAUGCUGAGGUCAAGCUGGUUGACUUUGGUGUGAGUGCGCAGCUGGACCGGACGGUCGGUCGGAGGAACACCUUCAUCGGGACGCCGUACUGGAUGGCCCCUGAGGUCAUCGCCUGUGACGAGAACCCAGACGCGACCUACGACUACCGAAGUGAUUUAUGGUCUUGUGGGAUAACCGCCAUCGAGAUGGCAGAGGGAGCGCCUCCUCUCUGCGACAUGCAUCCCAUGCGAGCCCUCUUCCUCAUCCCCAGAAACCCUCCGCCGAGACUCAAGUCCAAGAAAUGGUCCAAAAAGUUCUUCAGUUUCAUCGAGAGCUGCCUGGUGAAGAACUACACCCAGCGCCCCCCAACCGAGCAGCUGCUCAAACACCCCUUCAUCCGCGACCAGCCCAAUGAACGACAGGUCCGGAUUCAGCUCAGGGACCACAUCGACCGCACCCGCAAGAAGAGGGGGGAGAAGGAUGAGACGGAGUACGAGUACAGCGGGAGUGAGGAAGAGGAGGAGGAGCCUCCGGAGCAGGAGGGAGAGCCCAGCUCCAUCGUGAACGUGCCGGGCGAGUCCACCCUGCGGCGGGACUUCAUCCGGCUGCAGCAGGAGAACAAGGAGCGCUCGGAGGCCCUGCGGCGGCAGCAGCUCCUGCAGGAGCAGCAGCUGAGGGAGCAGGAGGAGUACAAGCGCCAGCUGCUCGCCGAGCGGCAGAAACGCAUCGAGCAGCAGAAGGAGCAGCGGCGGAGGCUGGAGGAGCAACAGCGGCGGGAGCGGGAGGUGAGGAGGCAGCAGGAGCGGGAGCAGCGCCGGCGGGAGCAGGAGGAGAAGAGGCGCGUGGAGGAGCUGGAGCGCCGCCGCAAGGAGGAGGAGGAGCGGCGCCGGGCCGACGAGGAGAAGAGGAGAGCCGAGCGCGAGCAGGAGUACAUCCGUCGUCAGCUGGAGGAGGAGCAGAGACACCUGGAGAUCCUGCAGCAGCAGCUGCUACACGAGCAGGCCAUGUUACUGGAGUACCGGUGGCGGGAGAUGGAGGAGCAGCGGCAGGCGGAGCGGCUCCAGAAGCAGCUCCAGCAGGAGCAGGCCUACCUGCUGUCCCUCCAGCACGACCACAGGCAGCAGCAGCCUCCGCAGCCCUCCCCGGCCCCGGCCCCCGCCCCGGCCCCGGGGCCCCCAGCCCCCGCCCCUCAGCCCCAGCCUCAGCCACUCGAGCGGGUCCGAGAGGCUGAUGAAAGAUUUCGGAAGAAUGUUCAGGGCUCUCCUCAGGCGGCACAGUGCAAGCAGCCCCCCGUGCCCCCCCGCUCCGAACCCUUCUCCAACGGAAACUCCUCCGAGCCCCCCGCCCCACACAGGCCCAUGGAGCCACAGGUCCCGUGGUCUCACCCGGCAGCUUCCCCCGUGUCUCGCUCCCAUUCCUUCAGCGAUCCACUUCCUACUUUCACACAUCUCCACCUGCGCACUCAGGACCCAUUCCACCCCCCUCCGCCUGCACGCUGCGACCCGCUCGCCCAAUCACAGCUUAGGGCCCAGCUGCCCGACCCCGCCCCCAAGGACGCGCUCCCGGGGGGCUGGGCUCGGGGCCACAAUGAGGAGGCCCCUCCCCGGGUGCCGGUGAGGACGACAUCCAGGUCCCCUGUGCUCUCUCGCCGGGACUCACCCCUCCAGGGGAACGUGCAGCAGCAGGGCAGCCAGGCCGGACAGCGCAACUCCAGUAACGCAGAGCCGCGUCUCCUGUGGGACCGUGUGGAGAAGCUGGCCUCCAGACCGGGCAGUGGCAGCUCCUCCGGCUCCAGUAACUCCAGCUCUCAGGCUGGGUCCCAGAGCAGCUCCGGGGAGAGGUUCCGAGUGCGCUCGUCUUCCAAGUCUGAGGGCUCCCCCAUGCAGAGGCCGGAACUCGCCGGAAAGAAGCCGGAGGAGAAGAAGGACUUUGUCAGACCGAGCCGGCCCGCUGACCUCACUGCCCUGGCCAAGGAGCUGCGAGCCGUGGAGGACGUGCGCCCCCCUCACAAGGUGACUGACUACUCCUCCUCCAGCGAGGAGUCGGGGACGACAGACGAAGAGGACGAGGACGUGGACCAGGAGGGAGCGGAGGAGUCCACUUCAGGCCCGGAGGACUCGCGAGCCGUCUCUUCCAAGCUGAGCAACGGGGAGACGGAGUCGGUAAAAACGAUGAUCGUUCACGAUGAGGCAGACAGCGACCCCGCCACCACGCCCUGCAAGGACGGCACGCUGGUCAUCCGCCAGAGCGCGUGCGACAAAAAGCGCCCCGGCCCAGGCCCCGCCCACCCGGAGGGCAAUGGCUUUGCCGGCCGCAUUCACCUCUUACCCGACCUCAUCCAGCAAAGCCAUUCCUCCUCCUCCAACUCCCCUUCAUCCACCCAGACGAGCCCCUCCAUGUCCCCCCAGACCCCCCUGGACAAGCUCAUUGCUAACCAGACGCAGUCUGCCAGUAACACUCUGCAGAAGCACAAGUCUUCGUCCUCCUUCACACCUUUCAUCGACCCCCGGCUGCUGCAGAUCUCCCCUUCCAGCGGGACCUCCCUCAACUCUGUGGCAGGUUUUGGGAAUGAGGCCAGGCUACAGGAAGUCCUGAGGCAGGACCCCUCCCGGAAGGGCUCGGUGGUGAACGUGAACCCUGUGAACACGCGCCCACAGAGCGACACCCCCGAAAUCCGCAAGUACAAGAAGAGGUUCAACUCUGAGAUCCUGUGUGCGGCACUGUGGGGUGUGAACCUGCUGGUGGGCACGGAGAGCGGUCUGAUGCUGCUGGACCGGAGCGGGCAGGGGAAGGUGUACCCCCUCAUCAGCCGCCGCCGAUUCCAGCAGAUGGACGUGCUGGAGGGACUCAACGUCCUGGUGACAAUAUCAGGUAAAAAGAACAAGCUGAGAGUGUACUACCUGUCCUGGCUGAGGAACAAGAUCCUGCACAAUGACCCUGAGGUGGAGAAGAAGCAGGGCUGGACCACGGUGGGCGACCUGGAGGGAUGUGUGCACUACAAAGUCGUAAAAUACGAGCGGAUCAAGUUCUUGGUUCUCGCGUUGAAGAAUUCUGUGGAAGUCUAUGCCUGGGCUCCGAAGCCAUACCACAAGUUCAUGGCCUUUAAGUCGUUUGGAGAACUGGUGCACAAACCGCUACUGGUUGACCUGACGGUGGAGGAGGGUCAAAGGUUGAAGGUCAUCUAUGGUUCAUACUCUGGCUUCCACGCUGUGGACGUAGACUCAGGGGCUGUGUACGACAUCUACCUGCCAACACACAUCCAGACAAGCAUUCAGUCUCACGCCAUCAUCAUCCUCCCAAACACAGACGGCAUCGAGCUGCUGGUGUGCUACGAGGACGAAGGCGUGUACGUCAACACAUACGGGCGCAUCACCAAAGACGUGGUGCUGCAGUGGGGCGAGAUGCCCACUUCUGUGGCCUACAUCAGGUCCAACCAGAUAAUGGGCUGGGGAGAGAAGGCUAUCGAAAUCCGCUCGGUGGAGACGGGACACUUGGAUGGAGUCUUCAUGCACAAGAGAGCCCAGAGACUCAAGUUUCUGUGUGAGAGGAAUGACAAGGUGUUCUUUGCAUCGGUGCGUUCGGGAGGUUCCAGUCAGGUGUACUUCAUGACUCUCGGGAGGAGCUCUCUGCUAAGCUGGUAGGACACACUGGCGUACUGGGGACAAGAUGAAGGAACAACCGUCUGCAAGAUUCAAGAUGACAAUGAAAAAAAACCCUUUUGGCUUUACAACCGGAGUACAGAGCUCACCACGCACUGAGGCCUCACAACACCUUACACUACUGCCGGCAAUGAAACCGAUCUCCAGUUUUACUGAAGCAUGUUGCGGACAUGACUAGUGAAAAGGGGCUCUUGGUGCUGGUAAGAUUGUGGAUGUCAGGCAUCAGGAUCGUUACAGUGUCAACAAUGGCGCAAUACCAGGCAGCAGGGUUUAUCAGUUGUUGUUUCUGACCCUCUUGGGUUUAUGCCCUGACCUCCUCGCAGUACAGAAGCCCCCUAUGCACUGCGGGCAGAUGCCACAGCUUGUAUCGUUUGUAGUCCAUUAUACCUGUUUAUUAGACCAGUCAGGAGGUAAGAGGUCAAAGGUCAAAGCCUGUUCUAUGAAUGGUCCGGUGUAUUUUAGACCAGCCAGGACGGCAGGACUCACAGCCUGCAAUGUUUUUACGCUUGUAUACGUUAAGAUGUCUAUCCAAUCCGUUGUCUUAUGGCUCCAAAGUCGAGGUUCACCUAUGGCAGUUGGUAGUCACCACAGCUGUCGCGUUAUGUGUGGAAAGCAGUAAGGCUUGGCUCCAGUGAUGUCGCAGGUGGUCUGUGGCGUGGUCUGUGUGUAGGGUGAGGUGUUCUGGGUUAGUCCAUUACUGCGAGAUGCAGAGGAACUUCACUGGUCACGCUGCGUUACUUAGGGCUGUGGCACUUGCAGUUGUGAGGAAAGCAGACCUUGUCAUGUUCGGCCUAGUAUUUUUUUUUUUUUGUUUUUGGUUAUAUUCCUUAGAUUUGAUUACAAUAAUGACAUUUCUUCCCCUUUAAUAGUUUCUUCUGUCUUCUCAAAAUCUCAUGGAAUUCCGUGUUUCCUCUCUUCCAUUUUGGGCCACGUAUUUACUUUGCCUGAAAGAAAAUGUCAAGAUGUAAGAUUUGUUUUUGUAGUUCUUACUGUUUUUGACACAAGCCUUCUCUGUGUCCCAGUCUUGAAGUGUUUGUUAUAACCAUGCAUUUGUUGCAUGCUGGACAACUUAUUUUCUGGUAGUUGUAGUUCAGCCCAGGGCAUCCCAUGGCAAUUUGAAUUAUAGGCUCAGAAAACAAGGAAGUGACCCUUGACACCCCCCCCCCCCUCCCCCACACUUUUCACUCCUCCCCAACCCCAAGUUUCAUUGUCACUAAUGCAGAGGUAACGGUUGAUUCAGAUAAGAUUCCCCAUUUUUGUUACUGAAGGUUUCAUUUUUACUGGAAUUGUGUGGACUUUGGAAAGUUUUUAUUUUUUUUAUAAUUUGUUUAUUUUUUCUUUCUUACUGAAUGCAAUGCACUAAGCCUGUGUGGAAAUCCAGAGAGUUACUGCUUAACCCUGUUUUACAGACUCCCUUUUCUAGCAAUCUUCUCCUGUUUUUUGUUUUAGUUUUUUUUUUAAGAAUAACAUGCAAGAGGAGACGUGGCUGGCCUGUCCCAGCUCAACGUUUUAUUUGAACUGGUCUGAAAUGGUCGGAACAUUCUGGAAGAAUUGCCUCCCGACCCCAUUUGGUACUGUGUGUUAGUCCCUAGAAUGCUGUUCAUCAAUUGAAUGCAUCUUCUGAAGUUCCAAUAGGAUUUAGACUUCAUCAGGUGGUGAAAGUGACCCUCACUGGGUUUUUUAAACUGUACCCCCCCCCCCCCCCCACCCACCCCACUGUGCUCUACUUCAGCUUCAGGUUGGCUGGACAUUAAUAGAUAAUUUAAUUGCACCCUGAUUGCUUUUAAUAAGAUGGCAGGAACAGGAGGAGAGGAAAGAAAGAAAGGUCUACAGGAGGAAUGGCCUCAGUGCACUGCCCUGCCUCUGUGAAGAUGCUGAUUCAGCUCGUGGGCGUCGGCAAGGAGGGACCCUACAGCGGCCAUACAGCCCUCUGAUAAUCAUUUGCGGCAAAGGUGUUUGAUUAUGAAAGACCUGAACAUAUUCAUGAGCCCUGCCAACAGGGCUGUCAUCAUGGUCAGGGCUCUCGAUCUUUGUCUGUCUAUUCGGACCCGAUGAGUCGUACUGCCCCUGUUCUGCGCAAAAUGUUUCGUGAUCCAAUUUACUUUGAACCGAAGUACCAAUGGCGCGAGUAAGCGUUUGGGUGUGUGCGCUUGUGUGCAUGUGUGCGUGUGUGGUUGUGCGAGAGAGGUCUUCAUGGUAAUUAGGCCCUCGUGCUCGCUGUGUCUCUCGUUGGGCUAUGUCAUUAUCAGUGCUGGGAUGUGUCACGGCCUUUGGUAAGUGACUUUAUUGCCGUUAACAGAAAACUGUUGAAUUUUCAAAAUGGAAACAAUUUCUGCCGUCUGUGAAAAGCAGCCCUUGCUGCUUUUUUUUUUUUGCUUUUAGUUUUUUUUGUUUUACUUUUGUUUUUUGUUUUUUUUUAAAGUGCCAAGAUGGCAAAAUUAAAAGUGUAAACAGUAUUACAAAACCACUACAUUAAUAAGAAAUUCAUUUUGAAGAUCUUUUAGCCUCGUAUAUUUUUCAACUUCUAGAUUUAGAUGAGAAGCUUAAUGAGUUUAUUUUGUUUCUGUAAUUUUAUGUAGCCCUAAUUACAAUUAUACGACUGGAGUGGUUUAAUAUUAUAAUGCACACCUUAUGUUAAGUAAAUGUUUACAGAAGCAAUGUUUCGUUACACUAAUGUGCAUCAUAUUUAUGGUUUAUACUUUUUGUUUUUGUUUUUCCUUUUUAGCUUUUUGUGUUAUAAUUAUUAUUAAGCUCUUCUUUUCAAUAACUCAACUAUGUUGAAUUUUAAAGUUACCGGACUAAUUACAAAAUGACAUUGUGAACUAUGGUCAAAGCAGUGACUCUCAAUAUUCUCUUGGCGUUGCAGUGAUGUUGUAGCAAUGUUCUCUUUCUCAUCUCUGGCUGCGCAGUGUGAACUCGGUCAUGUGACAUGUUUUCCUCCACUGGUUUUUGCCAUGCUAUUCUAACGUAUGUCUUCUCUGUGUAUCAUGGGAAUUAUUGUAUUUUCCUGAAGGUUUUUUUUUCUUGGAAUAAAGUUAAAGUAAUAUAAA